AUGAAUCCGAUGGGGUUACUGGGUGAGCCCCAACGUCCGUCAUCCCCGAUUCGGCUCAAACGCGACGCUCGGACGAAUACGCUGGUGAAUCCGUACCUGCGGAAUCUCCCAGAGGCUUCCAACGGGGGGGAUCCCCACCGCCCUUUCUUCGUCUCUUCCCCAUCCUCGAUUAAACCCAACGGCAACGCGGAGGUGGCGCGAUCGCAGGGUGAGGCUGUCCAUGCCUUCUCCAAAACUACCUCUACCUCGCCCGUGGAGGAGCCCGGGAAGUUUCACCCAACCCCCCCCGAGGGGAAACCCUCCGCGAGGGCGGAUCCCGUUCGCCCGGCCUCGGCGUUUCCCGUCGAUUUCCCCUCGGACCCGAGCGAGGGCCCUUUCACGAUCCCGAAGCCCGCGGUUCCAUCGGAAAAGGAGGAAAGCCACCCGGAGGCAACGCGGCGUCCCCUGGAAUCCCCUCGAAACGGCGUCGUGGCGUCUUCGCCGGCCCCGAACGCGUCGGAGGGGGUCUCUCGCACCUUCCCUCCCCUGUCUUCCCUCCCUCGCACCCCCUCCCCGGGGUACCUUUGCUUGAUUUUAGAUUACCACCCCUUAGGGGAUCUCUGCCGGUAUACCCUGCGCGUCGGACGCGGGUUAGGAAGGCAAGGAGCCGCUCGUUCUGCCUCGCCUCUUUGUUCCCCGUCCGCGCCUUCCUCGCCACGGCUGAUUGAUCCGCGGGAUCCGACUUUUCGCAACCCUCUGGUGGAAUGUCAACUCGUUUCGAUCGCCUAUCAAAUCGCGUCAGCGCUUCGCGAUCUCCACACGCGAAGCCCACCGGUGGUGCAUCGCGAUUUGAAGCCCGAGAACGUCCUGAUCGUUUCGGAUGGGAAAGGGCUCGUGAUGGGGCCCGCCGGGCGAGACGACGACGAAAAAAAAAUAGAAAAAGAAAAAGAAAACCUUAUAGCGAAAGAACGGAAGGAAACCUCGGCGUGUCGGAACUCGCGAGACACUCUCGAUGGGGAGGCCGACGUGCGGGGAAACGUUCGCAUUCUCAAUCGCAUCAUCCCCAUCGCGUUGACCGAUUUUGGGUUGACCACGCAGGAGUUGAGCGGCUUCUCGAGUGGGUGUGGCGUCGGCACCCGGCCGUACAUCUCCCCGGAGGCGUGGUGUGGGGAGACGAGCACGACGAAUGAUAUUUGGAGCUUCGGCUGCCUUUUGUACGCGCUCGCAACGGGGUGUUUGACCGCGCGAACGGCGCGGAUUAUGUAUCGGGAUUCUAGCCAUGACGGCUUCGCCUCGAUGAUCAUGAAUGAUCUGAUUGAGCAUAAAUAUUCGCUGGCCUUUGCGAGCUUCGUGCUGUCGCUGCUGACGGUGAAUCCGUUGAAGCGGCCGACCGCGGCGACGGCGAUGCAGUGUUUUCGAGUGCAAGAAAACGAAAUUGUCUUUGAUAUGAUGAGUUCCUUCUUCAGCAAUGUUUUGGAUUUGUAA